UCUAAAUUUUACAUAUCCUUUGUGCGUCAGAGAGAGAGCUUUUUAGUCAGAUUUUGAGUUUUCGUAGUAGGAAGGAAGGAAUGGUGAGUUGGAGGCCUGGAGGGUAGUGAGCGAGUAGCGGCUGUCCAUGUCGAUGUCGAAGCCUCGAAGGCCCUUUUUGUAAGCUUGAAUGUUAUAAACAUGGCAAAGCUGCUGCUGCUGCUGCUACAUUGUUCUUAAUAAACAUCAAUGUUUUGUGUUGGACGCCGUUCUUUCCUUUACGUCCUUUGAAGACAUCGUCGUCGUAUAUUCUCUCCGUUCUCUACCCAUUUCCAUUCUUCUCUAAUUCCUUCGACUCUUUUCCUUCAUUCUGCUUCUUCUUCUGCUCACAAUACAUGUUUUUCUAGUUCAAGUCUUUUACUUUCUAGCACCACCACUGUUAAUCUCUCUACCUGCUAAAAAAACGUCUUUGCAUGAUCGGAUUCUUAAGCAUCCACCACUCCCUCCAUGUUUGUUGUGUUGUUGGCGUUGAAUCUUGGGUUCGGAGUAAUGGGUUUACCCAAUUUUGUUUUAUUUGUUUGAUUUUGUUCGGCUGACGUCGUGGAGCCCCUCUGAGCUUCAAUCCCUUUAGUUCUUAGAGUUUCGAUGGGGCCAGUGAGAGGGUUCAAGAAGAGGAGGAAGGUUGAGAAGAAGUUCGAGCGAAACGCCUCUGCUGCUUCUGCGUCUUCGGAACAGGAGGAGCCUGUGGAUUGGUGGGGCGAGUUCUCCAAGAGGAUUACUGGGCCCUUGUCUCUAUCAAAAGGUUUGGAUAAAUUUGAGUCCGUCUUCAAGAUCUCAAGAAAGACCUUCGACUACAUCUGCUCACUUGUGAAAGAAGAUUUGACAUCUAAGCCAUCGAAUUUCACUUGUACAAAUGGCAGGCCACUCUCCAUAAAUGACCAGGUUGCUGUUGCUCUACGAAGGUUAAGCUCUGGUGAGUCACUAUGGACAAUUGGUGAAUCAUUUGGAAUGAAUCAAUCAACCGUUUCUCAAGUUACCUGGCGGUUUGUGGAGGCCAUGGAAGAGAGAGGGCUUCACCACCUCCAAUGGCCUGCCACAGAAGAGGAGAUGACACAGAUAAAAUCCAAGUUUGAAAGGAUCCGGGGCCUCCCAAACUGUUGUGGUGCAAUUGAUACUACUCACAUCAUGAUGUGUUUGCCCACUGUGGACCGCACAAAUGAUAUAUGGUUCGAUCGUGAGAAGAAUCACAGCAUGGUCUUGCAGGCAAUUGUUGAUCCUGAAAUGAGGUUCAGGGACAUUGUCACUGGAUGGCCAGGAAGCAUGAGUGAUUCCCUUGUGCUCCGCAGUUCAAGCUUCUUUAAGCUUUGUGAAAAAGGGAAGAGGCUAAACGGGGAGAAGAUAGAACUGUCUGAAGGGUCAGAAGUAAAGGAAUAUAUAAUUGGAGAUGCAGGCUUUCCCCUUCUGCCCUGGCUUCUCACACCCUAUCAGGGGAAAGAUCUUUCCGAGACCAAGGCUGAGUUUAACAAGCGACACUUUGCAACCAGGAUGGUGGCACAGAGGGCCUUGGCAAGGUUGAAGGAGAUGUGGAGGAUUGUUCAAGGAGUGAUGUGGAGACCUGACAAGCAUAAAUUACCAAGAAUUAUUCUUGUGUGCUGCUUGCUGCACAACAUUGUGAUUGAUCAAGAGGAUGAGGUACAGGAUGAGAUGCCCUUGUCUCAUCACCAUGAUUCUGGUUAUCGGCAGCAGAUCUGUGAAUCAGUUGACAAAAGUGCUUCAAUCCAGAGAGACAAGUUGUCUCUCUACUUGUCUGGAAGACUACCACCUUGAAACAAAAUCCAUCUCAGCUGCCUGUUUUCUUCUCUAAUGGAGACGAUGCUCUGAUGAUCAAUGGACUGACUGAUCAUGGUUGAAUUGCCUAAUUAGAAUUGUUGGUUUAGUAGGUUUUAAAGGCAUGCUUGUGACAAGUCUUUUUCACCGGCAGCUAUUGAAGAUCAUAUUUCCUGUUAUUCCAGUGUACAGAAUUAGGAUUGGGACAGCAGAUUGCUUGCAUCAUUCACAGGGUCAGAAGGCAAUGACAGCAAGAAUGAGGAAAUCCCUCCCCAGAUACACAUGCUGAACUGCUUCACAGAAUAUCGAGCUUCUUUUCACCAUCCCCAGAAUGAUUUAAGUUGAGAUUUCAUUCUUCGGUAUUUUCAUUGUCAUCUGUCUCUUGUGUUGUGGUAUGUAACUGGGUGGAUGCUGGAAGUACUCUUUUCCUGGCAUUAACUCACUGCACAGCAUUGCAGGUAAUCUCAGAACUUUACCUGGGUAAUCAUAUCCCAGUUGAUUAGCCACAAUGUGGAUUUUGUCACAGUUAUGUUCUGGUAGUUUUGAGAAUUGUUUAUAUGAACUUUAUUCUAUUUUUUUAUUCUAUUUCAGAAUUUAUCUGAAAGAAUAUUUUUUAUAUUAUCCUAUCAACUAUGAUAAAAGUUGAUUUGAUAACUGUUUAUUCGACGGCAAUUCAAGAGAGGCUUACUUAUACUGUUCAACAAGUAUGUUGGAUUAUCCUGUUGAACAUUGAGCCAACAAAAUGUUUUCGAAUAUAUUGACCUUUCAACCUUAUUUCAAUGUUGCAGAAUUAGCUGAAACUUACAAAUAGAGGUUGAUGUGAAAAUGUCACAAUGUUUGAAUGCAUGUAGCAGCAGAUGUAGAAGCCAUUGCCAAGGCUGUUUCUGUAACGUUUUUCUCAUGAUUUAUGAUUGGCUUGUAAUGCUCAUACUAGGUUCGAUGUGUUCAAUGAACAGAUGCCAAAUAUAAUCCUCACUCACCCUACUUCAAACCUCUUUUUUGGAGUCCAUGGUUGGUUGGUUGGUUCAUGGCAUUUUGAAUUGUGAUCGCAGGAGAGAUAAGGUAGGUCCGUACUCGACAUUGGUGUCAGUAAUUUGUCACCUAGGGUCAGGAGAGAAUCUCUUCAUCUACAGUGAUUUGAUGCUCGAAUUUGACCAGUAAAAAUAUCGAGUUCCAUCAUCAACUCGUGCUCUUUAAUGAGAUAUACUUUCUUAAUCAAACUUAGAAGGUUAGACCAUGGCUGAAGAGAUUCUCUGUUCACCAUUAAGCGAAGGAACACUCGAUCCACUGACAUUUCCCCCAUUUCCUAUGUCGGUCGGUCAGGCUGAACCGGUUUUUGAUAGAGAAUAGGUGAAACCAAAACCAGAUCAAUAAGGAAAGGUUUGGUUUCUUGGUUCUAUUCCGGAUUCAAUCUGGCUUUGAUUCGGUUUAUUUUGAUUUUUCUUGUUGGGAUUCUGAUCCCCUCCAAUUCUUAAUCAUUGCAAUUCUUGUGCAAAUCCCUCUGUACACAUUUAAAAGGAAAAAAAAGAAGAUGACUAAGAUAGAGAAUUGGUGAGGUUGGAUUGGUUUGACCGGUUCGAUUACACCUCGUAGGCCCAAGUGCCCAACCAAGAGACAAGUAAAUGAAGUAAUCCACCAGUCGGUGCCGAGGUUGUAGUUUAGAGCUAGGGUUCAAUAGGGGUUCGGAAGGAACUAGGGACGAACUUGUGAAUCGUGAUGGAAGCGAGGAAGUUGCUCAAGGCCAAGAAGUUCUGGUUGGCAUCUUUCCUAAUUGCCUGGGCUGCAGCUCUUCAGGGGCAUAUGAUGUGGCUACAGAGGCAGGAUUCCUUCAAGCAGAAGUUCGGUACCCUAAAUGAGAACGAAGAAGGAGAAGACUGAUUUCGAAUUUCUCUCUUCCUGUGACCUGCGCGAUUCAGAUUCAAGUUUUCAACUCGGUUUCUUUCGAUUGCUUCAGCCUUUGUCACUGCUCCGGGAUGGAUGCGAUCCCUAAUUACGGAUAUGUCAGAGUAGGAUGGCAUCGGCGCCGGUGAACAAGAAAUGUAACAUUCUUGUCUCCCAGUUUUGCUUUUAUGAUGUGAAGCAUGAGUAGCUGAUAUUUGUGCUUACUCUGAUUCCAGACUCUCAGAUUGUUUUUACACUAUACAAUAGAACGUUGAGAGAUUAAUAGACUGCAAGGAAAACCAUAGAAUGGUCUCAAA